AUGGCCUAUCGCAAACUCCUCCACCUGUCAGAUCACGGUGAUGUGCGCCUCAGUCAAAGGCCUUCCCGACGUGUCAGUGGCUCCCAUGACAUAAACUCCAUGCAGACUCGAAAUGGACCGAGAACCCUCACACAUGUUGCCAUUCGUCUCAUCUUGGCUCUUGAGGCCGUUACGAAGGAGGCAUUGUUGUCAAUGCUGCUUGCACACAUUGUGGCGCUUCCUCCUCACAUCAGGUAA